ACAUUGAUUUUAAUGGUUUUGCGAUUUUGUUUGUCAAUUGUCAAUUUUGGUUUUGUGUGUUGUGAGAGGUGAUUUCUAUUUGCCUUGGUCUAUUCUGUAUGUUUGUUAUUUGCCUGAUAAUACAAUCCGGCAAUUUAGAAAACUUAAACUUUACACGGUAAAGGCAACAACAGCAAUAUAGCAGUUGAUCGCCAGUUAUAAGUAUUGACUACAUUUUCACUACUUCGUUACUUUGCAGUAGUGUUAGGGUGGUGUAUAUGAGAAAUCUUUUGUAUCUUACCCACUGUGUAAAAAUUAAGAUGUAGUUUUAAUUUUUCUUAAUCUUCUAUCAUUAGGUGGUAGUAAUUUAUUUCCAUAAACUCUAAAAUAGCUAAAAGUGAAACUAUUCUAAUGUUACGAAAGUGCUUCAAGUUUGUGUGCGGUGUGUGCUUAAAAUACUGUAAUGUCUAUCAUUAAAGUAUUAAUGAAUUUACGGAUAUAAAUAGUAGAUAGAUAUAUACAAAAUGAUGACUACUAUGGCGUCUGGGGGUUCCAGCGACCCCCAUACACAAAUGAACACAUACAGAAGUUAUGUGACGAUGUUGGCCGAUCCCGGCGCCAAAGAUGAAAUCAAACUCAAAGCUGCCCAAGAGCUUAGUGAAAAUUUUGAGGUUAUUUUAAACUCACCGCAGUACCCACAAUUUCUUGAUCAUUCCCUCAAAAUCUUUUUGAAAAUCUUACAAGAUGGGGAUCCACAUUUCAUUGCUGAGUAUAACAUUCAACAAGUAAGGAAAUUAAUAUUGGAAAUGAUACAUCGUCUACCAAUGAAUGAGACAUUGAGACCAUAUCUCAAGAGUAUUUUAAUCUUGAUGUUGAAAUUGAUGGAAAUUGAAAAUGAAGAGAAUGUGUUGGUUUGUUUAAAGAUAUUUAUGGAAUUGCAUAAACAAUACAGACCUCCGUACAGCACUGAUGUAGAUAUACACAAAUUUUUACAAUGGGUGAAAGGUAUAUAUUCGGAUUUGCCAAAUCAUUUACCCAAAAUAUUUGAACCUAAACCAACAAUCAGAGUUAAAGAUCUCUCCGAGAUUAACAUUACUCAGAUUUUACAAGAAACAUACACAACAACACCUAUACACACUGAAAAAAAAUUAAUGGAUGGCAGUGUUGUUACAUACAAUCUUAUACCUAGAUCUGUAUUAUCAUUAAAAGUGAUUCAAGAGCUGCCUAUCAUUGUUGUUCUUAUGUACCAACUGUACAAACAGAAUGUGCAUCAAGAAGUUAGCAACUUUAUACCAUUGAUUAUGGAGACUAUUACAUUGCAACCAGCUGCCAAUCACAGGCAAUCAGCAUCUUUCAAUAAAGAAGUAUUUGUGGAUUUUAUGGGUGCCCAGAUAAAGACAUUGGCAUUUUUGGCAUACAUCAUAAGAAUAUAUCAAGACACGAUUGCAAAUCAUGCAACUUUAAUGGUCAAAGGAAUUAUAGGAUUGUUAACUCUUUGUCCUCCAGAAGUGGCACAUUUGAGGAAAGAGUUGGUGAUAGCUACUAGACAUGUUAUGGCCACAGACCUAAGACUAAAAUUUGUUCCAUACAUGGAGCGUUUAUUUGAUGAAGAAGUUCUGUUGGGUCGAGGAUGGACUGUGCAUGAGUCCCUGAGACCACUGGCAUACUCUACACUGGCUGACUUGGUGCACCAUGUGAGACAGCACCUGCCCUUAGCUGACUUGGCUAUAGCAGCUCAUCUCUUUGCUAAGAAUGUUCAUGAUGAAUCAUUACCUACCAGUAUUCAGACAAUGUCGUGUAAACUGCUACUGAAUAUGGUGGACUGCGUGCGGCAGCGGUCGGAGGCGGAGGGCUCGGCCACGCAGCCGCAGGGCCGCCAGCUCCUCAUGCGCAUCCUGGAGGUCUUUGUGCUCAAGUUUAAGACCAUCUCCAAGCUGCAGCUGCCUGCACUCAUGGCUAAGUGCAAACAAACAACAGUAACUGCAAGCAGUACAACGCCGAGUACACCGACGACUCCGGCGCCAGUUGCCUCCACCUCCACAUCUACCUCCACCUCCACCACAACCACUGAAGGGAGACUAGACGAUGAUAAAACUACACCAGACUACUUCGAUAGUAUUAACAAGCCUGAAGAGAAAUCCAAGAUAGGAUUUCCUAACUCGUAUUUAAACAACCUCAAUGUCGGAGACUACAGAACGUUAGUUAAAACACUAGUCUGUGGCGCCAAAACUAUAACAUGGGGAUGUGCCGCCUGCAAACAGGGAAGCGCCGGCGGCGAGGUCGCGAGCACGAGCUCGCUGGGUGGGUCGACGGGUGCGGCGGGCGCGGGGGGCGCGGCGGGUGCAGGUGGCGCGGCGGGCUCGGCGGGUGCGGCGGCUACGGGCGCAGGCGCGGCGCAGAAGCAGUUCAGCUCGCGGGAGACGCUGGUGUUCAUCCGGCUGGUGCGCUGGGGGCUGCAGUCGCUGGACAUCUACACGCUGGCGGCGCCGCGCGCGCCCGCGCUGCCGCCCGCGCAGCCGCACGUCCGCUCUAAGGAGGAGAAGGAGGUGCUCGAGCACUUCAGUGGAAUCUUUUCUAUGAUGAAUCCUCAAACGUUUCAAGAAAUUUUCACAGCAACCAUAUCUCAUAUGGUCGAGAGAAUUAAUAAGAACAUGACAUUACAAUUAAUAGCAAACACAUUCCUGUCGAAUCCUGCGACAUCACCGAUUUUCGCGACAGUCCUAGUCGAAUACUUAUUGAAGAGAAUGGAAGAAAUGGGUACGAAUGUUGAGCGCUCAAAUUUGUACCUUAGGCUGUUCAAGCUGGUGUUUGGUUCAGUCAGCUUGUUUCCUACGGAGAACGAACAGAUGCUUCGGCCGCACUUACAUAGCAUCGUGAACAAGGCGAUGGAUUACGCAAUGACAGCCAAGGAGCCGUACAACUACUUCUUGUUAUUGCGAGCACUUUUCCGCUCCAUAGGAGGCGGAAGCCACGAUUUACUUUAUCAGGAAUUUUUACCAUUGCUGCCCAAUCUAUUGGAAGGGCUCAAUCGAUUGCAAAGUGGCCUUCACAAGCAGCACAUGAAGGAUCUGUUUGUGGAGUUGUGUUUGACUGUACCUGUCAGAUUAAGCAGUCUAUUGCCUUAUUUACCAAUGCUCAUGGAUCCCCUGGUGUCGGCGCUCAACGGCUCCCAUACGCUUAUAUCGCAGGGCCUACGCACUCUCGAACUCUGCGUUGACAAUCUGCAACCUGACUUCUUGUACGAACACAUACAACCGGUAAGGGCGGACCUCAUGCAGGCCCUGUGGCGAACCUUGCAGAAUAAUGAAGUUGCAAGAAUUGCGUUCAGAGUUCUCGGUAAAUUCGGUGGCGGCAACAGAAAAAUGAUGAUAGAACCGCAGAGGCUGGAGUAUCGGGAGACCGACGCUCCUCCGCCCGCGGUCCUUGCCUAUUUCCAGGAACAAUCUAAACCGAUAGAUUUUGAAGUUGAUAAAAUUAUAGAGACAGCAUUCACAGCGCUGAAGUCUAGUACCACCGAACCUUACUACCGCCGACAAUGUUGGGAAGUUCUUCGUUGUUACUUAGCGGCUACGCUGAACUUGGAUGACGACAGAGCGACCCUGUACAAGCUAUUGAAUCAUCCCAGUUUCGUGGAUGGUAAAAUACCGCCACAGAAUGGUCCAUAUUACAAAUGUAGCAAUUCAAUCGUGAGGAACACGCACCGAACAGCUCUCACCGGUAUGUUUGUAGCAGCGGCCAUCAAAGAAUUACGACAACAUGUGCUGUCAACGAUGGUAUCACUCGUGCGUCAUUACACCCUGGUGGCCAUCGCUCAGGAAGCUGGUCCUUUCGCUGGCACCGGAGGGCCAAAGGAAGGACUCGAUGCGUUGGUUUUGAUAGACGCCAUAGCUGUCGUCAUGGGACACGAAGAAAAAGAACUAUGUAAGCCUGGACAUUUAGCUUUGGUUCUUAUAAUCGAGACGGCCGCCACAGUGCUGGGCAGUAAGGAGCGCGCCUGUCGCUUGCCGCUCAUGGAAUACUUAGCAGAAAGGAUGUCUUCCCUGUGCUACGAGCGUGCGUGGUACGCAAAGUUGGGCGGGUGUAUCGCCGUCAAGUUUAUGUUGGAGAAGAUGGCUCCAGAAUGGGUUUACAAGCACGUGUUCACAUUCUUAAAAGCUGUGCUGUUCGUUAUGAUGGAUUUGACGGGAGAAGUGUCGUCUGGCGCUAUAGACAUGGCGACGAUAAACUUGGAGCGUCUCGUGCGGGUGUGCGUGAGCGGCCCCAGCGGCCAGCCGGAGCUGGAGCCCGAGGUGGCGGCCGCCAAGACGCGCGCACUGCACGACGUGCUGCAGGAGUUAGUGCUACAAAUUACAAGUCCACAUUUGUUAGUCCGCCAACAGUCAAUGAAAUCAUUGGAACUUACUGCUCAGCUGCAAAAUAAGACUGUGACGGAAGUUAUGGACCCACACAGGGAGACGAUAGCCGAUAUAAUUCCACCAAAGAAACAUUUAUUACGUCAUCAGCCUGCGAACGCACAGAUGGGACUAAUGGACGGCACUACAUUUUGCACGACGUUGAAUCCAAGAUUGUUUACAAUAGAUUUGAAUAUAAACGAGCACAAGGUGUUCUUCCGCGAGCUGAUAUCGCUGUGCGACGGCGAGGACGCGAUGCUGGGCAAGCUGCCGUGCUACAAGGGCGUCAACCUCGUGCCCCUCAGGAUAUCCGCGCUGCGAGCGCUCGCCUCCUGCCACUACAUACAGGAGAAGCCCUGCCGAGAGAAGAUAUUCCAAGUGCUGUACAAAGCUCUGGAAAAGAAUGAUACGGAAUUACAGCAGGCUGGAUUUGAAUGUAUGCAAAAGUUCCUGUCGGGCUUCCAAAUCGAUAUGGAGAUGGUUCACCCCGUGAUGAGGCCUUUGCUGCUGACGCUGGGGGAUCACCGCAACCUGAGUGUCAACGGUGCUAAGAGACUCUCCUACCUCACGCAGCUGUUCCCCUCCACAUUCAGUGAAAAACUCUGCGAGCAACUUCUGCAGUUGCUCAGGAAGUUAUUGGAUUAUUCAAUUCACACAAAUAGAGGGGGCAACUUCUUACAAAGUGUAUCAAAGAAUAUGGACAAUGAGCAGAAGAUAGUGAUUCUGGUUGGUAUAUUUCAUCAAAUCCCCGCCGCGGCGCCGCGCUUCAUAGAAGUUCUGUGCAAACUCUUGUUGAACGCGGAGAAGUCGCUGUCAGUCGAAGCCGGAUCUCCUUUCAGAGAACCAUUAGUUAAAUUUCUUCUAAGGUAUCCAAAGGAAACACUAGAUCUGUUGAUGAAUGACAUCAACAUCAAGCACCAGCAGUGGAGUAGAUUCAUAAUAUACCUCAUGAGGCACCCGGACGCGGGUCUGGCGAUCCGCGAAGCUCUGCAGACACCGAAGAAGCCGCGCCUGCUGCAGCUGCUGGCGGUCAACAACAGCGCAGCCGCAGCUGCUACAGCCACCCAGACCGAACGCAACGAGAUGCAGUUCCAAGCCAUAAGGAUUAUAUCCUUACUUAUCAAAUAUGAUGAUCAAUGGCUGUCGGCGCAACACGAUCUUAUAGAAUUACUUAAAAACAUCUGGUGCAGUGAUAGCUAUCAUGAAAUGCAUAAAAAAGUUGAGAAUGUCCACUGUACCCAUUGGAAAGAACCUAAAUUGAUAGUGAAGAUUUUGUUACAUUACUUCUGUCAUCACCCGUCUAACAUUGAUCUGCUGUUCCAACUGCUGCGAGCAUUGUGCGACCGGUUCAUACCUGACUUCCAGUUUCUACGUGAUUUCCUGGAGCACACGGUGGCACAGAAUUAUACGAUAGAAUGGAAGCGGUCCGCCUUCUUCCGCUUUGUGGAGCAUUUCCCCGGCGACGCCAUGUCGCAGGAUCUCAAGGCCAAAGUUCUUCAGAUGAUACUAAUACCUUGCUUCGCCGUCAGCUUUGAAAAGGGACAGAAGAUAGUCGGCGGCCUGCCCGCGCCCUACCAGGACAAUAUGGAUAACGUCGUGUCGGUUUUCAUUAACAAUGUGAUCGACCCGGAGAAUCCGUUCGCAUGUUCGGACGGCGUGCGCAUAUCGCUGCUGCAGUUCGCAUGUCUUCUGCUGGAGCAGGCGUCGGCGCACAUACACGACGCCAACAACAAGAAGCAGGGCAACAAGCUGCGCAGACUCAUGACCUUUGCCUGGCCCUGCCUUCUCGGCAAGAACUAUGUAGAUCCUGCUACAAGGUAUCACGGUCACUUAUUGCUGAGUCACAUCAUCGCUAAAUUUGCGAUCCACAAACGGAUUGUCUUGCAAGUGUUCCACAGUCUGCUGAAGGCGCAUGCGCUGGAGGCGCGCGUGGUGGUGCGCCAGGCGCUGGAGAUCCUCACGCCCGCGAUGCCGCAGCGCAUGGAGGACGGCAACACUAUGCUCACGCACUGGACCAAGAAGAUCAUCGUCGAAGACGGACACUCCACGCAGCAGCUCUACCAUAUACUGCAACUCGUUGUUAGGCACUAUAAGGUGUAUUACCCGGUGCGUCAUGCUCUGGUGGCGCACAUGGUGGCGGCGAUGCAGCGACUGGGCUUCUCCACCGCCACGGCGGAGCAGCGCCGGCUGGCUGUCGACCUCGCCGAGGUCGCGCUCAAGUGGGAGCUACAGCGUAUCCGCGACCACGCCCACGAUGACACCGUUGUCGUUGCGACAUCUCCAAGCGGCGCUGUAAAGCGCGUGUCGGUGGACGAGAGCGGCGGGGAGGCGCGCAAGGCGCUCAACACUGGCUGGGCCAGCCCGCAGGCCAGCACGUCGCGCCUCGAGCCCGACAUCUCCAAGCCGCUCGACCGCGCACAGGUCGACAUCGUCGUCAACCUGCUGCUGAGACUCGCCUGUCAGGUGAACGAGGGCCCAGUAGUAAGCAGCGGGCUGGUGAUGGGCGCGACGAGCGCGGCGGUGGGCGGCUCCCCCGGCGAGCAGCUGUCGCGCCGCUGCGUGCUGCUGCUUAAAACCGCCCUCAAACCCGACGUGUGGCCGCACCUCUGCGAGCCUAAACUGUCCUGGCUCGAUAAGGUGUUCGCAACAGCGGACACUAACGUAGCAUCAUGCGCUAACGCUUGCACCGCGUUGGAGCUACUGACGUUCCUGCUGGGCGUGCUGCGGCGCGAGCAGUGCCUGGUGGCGCUGAAGCCGCUGCAGCGCGGGCUGGCCGCCUGCGUCGCCUCCACCAACCCCAAGGUGGUGCGCCUCAUGCACAACCUGCUCGCCAAACUCACCGCGCUAUUCCCCACGGAGCCCUCGGGCGCCGCGCAGGCCUCCAAGUUCGAAGAAUUGGAGAGUUUGUACGCGUGUGUGAGCAAAUACGCGUUCGAGGGUUUGGCGACGUACGAGAAGUCUGGUGUGGGGAGCGGCGCGGGCGCGCUGCUGGGCCCGCUGAUGAUGCUGAAGGCGUGCUGCGCCUCCAGCCCCGGCUACGUGGACCGUCUGCUGCUGCCGCUCAUGCGCGUGCUGCAGCGCAUGCUGCGCGACCACGUCGCACCUAACCCUGAUGCAGCCACAUCAGAUUUACUUAUAUUGGCACUAGAUCUCCUGAAAGCUCGCGUCUCAGUGAUGCCUGGGGAGACAAGAAAAACGUUUAUCGGUACUGUUCUUGUUGGAUUAAUUGAAAAGACUACCGAUGCUAAGGUGAUGAGAGCCAUCAUCCGCAUGGUGGAGGACUGGGUGAAGUGGCGCGGCGUGGGCGCGUCGGGCGGCGCUCCCUCGCUGCGGGAGAAGUCCAUCCUGCUUGUCAAACUAAUGCAGUACGUCGAGAAGCGGUUCCCAGAUGACCUGGAGCUUAAUGGACACUUCCUCGACAUCAUUAAUUAUGUUUAUAGAGAUGAACAUUUGAAGAUGACGGAGCUGUCGAUGAAGUUGGAGCCGGCGUUCCUGGCGGGGCUGCGCUGUCCGCAGCCGCACAUCCGCGCCAAGUUCUUCGAGGUGUUCGACCAGAGCGUGCGUCGGCGCAUCUUCGACCGCCUACUCUACAUCUUCUGCACGCAGAACUGGGAGUACAUCGGACAGCACUACUGGAUCAAGCAGUGCCUUGAGUUACUACUUGUUACUUGUGUCUCUAGCACCCAAAUUCGGCUUUCCAACGCCAAGUAUUUAGUUCCCAGCAUAACCGCUGUUAUAAAUCUGGGCACUAGUGAAGAUCGAAAGUCUUUUGUUGUGUACAACUCUGUGAAGGAAGAGUCCGCAGAAGGCUUCAGUGAAACUAUGGAGACGGACAAGGAGGAUGUACUGGAUAUGGAUUUAGAUUCCAAUUCUAAUCAGAAAGAUGAUUUGACCAAGAAUGUACCAAACAGACAAAGAGCGCUGAACCGCAUGGUGGCGACGCAGUCGGAGUUCCUGGAGAUGGCGGGGCGCGUGCGCACGGAGCAGCUGGUGGCGGCGGCGGCGCAGCUCUGCCACAUGGAGGACGCGCUGGCGCACCACGUCUGGCUGCGCCUCAUGCCCAAAAUAUGGAGCGCACUUGAUGAACGACAACUUGAUACUGUAAUGUCCGAAGCGAUACCAUUCCUGAUAUCCGGCGUGCACGUGAUACAGCGCGACCAGCCGCUCAGUGCGCUCAACACAUUUGUUGAGGCGUUGGCUCGCUGUAAUCCACCUUUAACUAUGAAACCACCAAUGAUGAAGUAUCUGGGCAAAACGCACAAUCUAUGGCAUCGUAUGACGUUGAAUCUAGAACAGAUGGCAGUCGACCAUGCAGCGGGUCGAGCGCAGCGUGAACAAUUCGAAAUAUAUGAUCACGAAAGCGAAAGUAUUACGUCUACGGAGAUUCUGGACUCAUUGGGGGAGAUGUACGAGCUGCUACAAGAGGAGGACAUGUGGUCGGGGCUGUGGCAGAAACACGCCAAGUACCGAGAGACAACCGUCGCUAUAGCGUACGAGCAACAGGGCUUCUUUGAGCAGGCGCAGGCGGCGUACGACGUCGCCAUGGCUAAAUUAAAACAAGAGUACUUAGCCAACCAGUCUUCGUACAGCAUGCAUAAAGAGUGCAGCCUCUGGACCCAGCACUGGAUCAAAUGCGCGAAGGAACUGAACCAGUGGGACUCCCUGCUCGAGCUCGGCGUAACGCGAGGUGGUCGAGAUCCGUUCUUGAUUCUAGAAAGUUCUUGGAGGAAUCCCAACUGGCCUACCAUGAAGGAAGCUCUCGCUGAAGUGGAAUAUGGAUGUCCUAAAGAAUUAGCGUGGCUGGUGAACCUGUACCGCGGCUACCUGUGCAUCUGCGCGGGCGGCGAGCAGCAGCUGGGCGGCGUGGAGCGGCACGCGGAGGCGGCGGCCACGCAGUGCCUGCGCGAGUGGCGCCGUCUGCCGCGCCUCGUCUCGCACGCGCACCUGCCGCUGCUGCGCGCCCCCCAGCAGCUCAUGGAGCUCAGCGAGGCUGCGCAGAUACACACAGGUCUGCUGCACAGUCGUCCGACGUCGCUGCACGACAUGAAGGCGAUCGUGAAGACGUGGCGCAAUCGGCUGCCGGUGGUGGCGGACCCGUUGUCGCACUGGGGCGCCAUCUUCACUUGGCGCCAGCACCACUACCAGUUCAUAGCCUCGCACUACGACUCGCAGACGGACCACGCCUCCAACCACAGCAUGCUUGGCGUGCACGCCAGCGCUCAGGCAAUAAUACACUUUGCGAAAAUAGCAAGGAAGCAUAACCUAUCGGGCGUAUGUCUCGACUCCCUACACCGUAUCUACACGAUACCUAGUGUCCCGAUAGUGGACUGCUUCCAGAAGAUACGACAGCAAGUCAAGUGCCACAUUCAGAUGUCGUGGACUGAAGGAAGAGAUGAACUUACCGAAGGCUUGGAGAUGAUAGAGUCCACCAACUUCAAAUACUUCACAAAGGAGAUGACGGCGGAGUUUUAUGCGUUCAAAGGUUUACUUUUGGCGCAGCUCGGACGUUCGGAAGAUGCGAACAAAGCGUUCGCGGCGGCGGUACAGCUGCACGAUACGCUGGUGAAGGCCUGGGCCUUGUGGGGGGAUUACUUGGAGCAGAUAUUCAUAAGAGACCCGCGGCAGAUAUCCGUGGGGGUGUCGGCUAUGACAUGCUUCCUGCACGCCUGCCGCCAUCAGAAUGAAUCUAAAUCGAGGAAGUACUGCGCUAAGGUGCUGUGGAUGCUGAGCUUCGACGACGAGAAGAACAGCCUGGCGGAGGCGCUGGACAAGUACUCUGUGGGCGUGCCGCCGGUGCAGUGGCUGCCCUGGAUCCCGCAGCUGCUGGCCUGCAUCGUGCAAUACGACGGCAACGUCAUACUCAACCUGCUCAGCCAUGUGGGGCGGCUGUACCCGCAGGCGGUGUACUUCCCCAUCCGCACGCUCUACCUCACGCUCAAGAUCGAGCAGCGCGAGAGGCACAAGACCGCGGAGAACACCAACACGCACCAGCCCGCCGCCUCCACCGCUUCCACCUCCGCCUCCACCUCCAGCGCCUCCACCUCCGCCGCCUCCACCUCCACUGCUCAGCCGCAGCAGAGUGCGGGGGCUAGUACGAGCGGGGGCGGCGGCGGGGGCGGCAGUGCAGGCGAGGCGGGCGCCAUCAAGGCCACCAUGCCCAUGUGGCGCUGCUCCAAGAUCAUGCAGCUGCAGCGCGAGAUACACCCCACCGUGCUCUCCUCGCUAGAGGGUAUCGUUGAUCAGAUGGUGUGGUUCCGCGAGAACUGGUACGAGGAGGUGCUGCGUCAGCUGCGCGCGGGGCUCGCCAAGUGCCACGUUGUGGCGUUCCACCACCGCGCCGCCGUCGCCGACGCCACCGUCACCCCGCACACGCUCAACUUCGUCAAGAAGGUCGUCUCCACCUUCGGCAUCAGCAUCGGCAUCACCGCCUCAGAGAGCCUGGCGCGUCGCGCGCAGGCCACCGUGCAAGACCCCGUCUUCCAGAAGAUGAAGACGCAGUUCACCGCAGACUUCGACUUCACGCAGCCCAACGCUAUGAGGCUGCAGAAUUUGAUACAAAAACUAAGAAAAUGGGUUAAAAUACUUGAAGCCAAAACUAAAGUUCUACCCAAAUCAUUCCUGAUCGAAGAAAAAUGUAGAUUCCUAUCGAACUUUAACUUGAAAACGGCAGAGAUAGAGUUGCCUGGCGAGUUCUUGCUGCCCAAACACACGCACUACCACGUGCGCAUCGCGCGCUUCAUGCCCCGCGUCGAGAUCGUGCAGAAACACAACACGUCCGCGCGCCGCCUCUACAUCCGCGGACACAACGGCAAGAUCUACCCAUACUUAGUCGUCAAUGACUCCGGACUGGGUGACGCUAGGCGGGAAGAACGAGUUCUCCAGCUCCUGAGGAUGCUUAACCAUUAUUUAGGCAAGCAGAAGGAAACUUCCAGAAGAUUCCUGCACUUCACGGUGCCUCGCGUGGUGUCCGUGUCGCCGCAGAUGCGACUGGUGGAGGACAAUCCCAGCUCGUUGUCGCUAUUGGAUAUUUAUCGCACGGAGUGUGCGAACAGGGGCGUGGAGUACGAUGCGCCGAUAGCGCGGUACUACGAGCGGCUGGCGGCGGUGCAGGCGCGCGGCUCCCAGGUCUCGCAGCAAGUGCUGCGCGACAUACUGCGCGAGGUGCAAGCGACCAUGGUGCCGAAGGGCAUGGUGCGCGAGUGGGCGGCGGCGACCUUCGCCGCGCCCACCGACUACUGGACGUUCCGCAAGAUGCUGACGCUGCAGCUCUCGCUGGCGGCCUUCGCGGAGUACGUGCUGCACCUCACGCGCCUCAGCCCCGACAUGAUGUACGUGCACCAGGACUCCGGCCUGCUCAACGUGGCUUACUACAAGUUCGAUGUCGAUGAUACUACAGGAGAACUGGACGGCAACCGUCCGGUGCCGUUCCGGCUGACGCCGAACAUCUCCGAGCUGCUGACCAACAUCGGCAUCACCGGCCCGCUCACCGCCUCCGCCAUCGCCGUCGCUCGCUGCCUCGUCACACCCAAUUUUAAAAUUCAAUCGAUUUUACGCACGAUACUGCGCGACGAGAUGAUGACUGGGUACAGGAAGCGAUUGGAGGACAAGCCGGGGCUGACUGCGGGCACCUCUACUGACACCAAACCAGUAGAGAUGGACAACGAGACGAUAGUGAACAUGGUCAACAAAGCAGUAACAGUUAUUAUGAACCGACUGAACUCGCUGGCGCUGUUCGACGGUCCCGACAGCAAAGUGGCCACCCUGGUCACCGCCGCCAACAGCCACGACAACCUCUGCCGGAUGGACCCCGCAUGGCACCCGUGGCUAUAAGCAUUUCUUAAUUAAAAAAAAUCUUGUAAUUAUUCCCAUCUGUAGUAUUUAAAUAAUCUGGAAGAAUGCUGACUUUUUGUCAAUUUUUACAUCAAAUCGCUUUUUAGAUAGAAAUCCGCUAUGUAAUCUAAAUGUUGACAGUAUAAUCAAAUAAACAAAAAAAAAAG